AUGCGACUAUUCCCGUAUAUACCGAGACGUCCGUUUAGACAGACAAAAAGGAAGAGCGACUAUUUUUAUUGGGUACCUAUAGAUCUCGUAAAUAACUAAUAAUAAUAAUAAAUUGGCUUUAAACUACACUGAACUUUUAUUAUAGGUGAUCGUUGCUGAGAACGGUACUAUAGACAAUGCACCACAGCGCAAAGUACCGCUUGAAGGCAUGAGGCGAAGAUUGAAAGAUAAGGUGUUGGAAGAUAUUCUGGAAAAGUAAAGCCAGAAGUUGAUUGGAAGAAUGUAUCUCUUUAGAUAGGGAUACCUGGAGGCAAAUCGUUGGAACAGUAUAGUCUUAAUAUUCUAUAUCACAAAAGCAGACGUAGCUCGUAAUAUAAUAUUAAAUUAUAUUUUAUUUUUUUUAUUUUUGAUCAACGAAUAAAUUAUGACAACAAGUGACAAUUCAUUUUUUUUUAAAACGAACUUGAAAAAAAAAACACUGUAUACUAGUGUAUUAUACUCUUAUUAAUGGGUUUUGGACUCGUAUUAUAUAAUCGUAAUAUUUAAGGAGUAAAAAUCAACAAACGCUCUUAAAAAAUAGGUUUCUAUGCAAAAAAUAAGUUAGACAGAUAGACAGGAUCAAAUGAAUAUGUACCUAUAAAAAGUCAAAGUACAAAGGAAUAUGAAAGUAUACAGGUAUUAUAAAACACGAAAAUCGGAGUGGUUAGGCCGACGACGAACGGAGUCUAUCUCACAAACCUGCAAAGACCAAGACCUAAAAUACAUAGUAGAUAUAAAAAAAAAAAAUAGAAAUGAAUAGUAGCGACUGGAGUAUCGUAAGUAGAAAAGUAAUAUACCAGUCGAAAGACUGAAAUAAUACUAACAGAGUUGAGCGAAUAUUCGGCAGAACCGAAAAACUUAACCGGAAAUAAUAUUAGGACGGACUUGGGGGAAAAAAAAAAUAAAAAAAAGUUUGGCCACUCUUUGAGCAAGGUUAAAUUAUUGUAAUAUAUUCGCUCGAUCGAAAUACUGCAAUAUCGUCGCGUGAAAAUACAAACGGCGACGCGAAAAAAAGAAAAAGAAAAUCUCUAUAUACACAAUAUAUAUCGAAUACGAUAUAUAAUAUUUUAAACGAAUACUGAGACAUUAUUAUAAUAUAUUAUUAUACCCGAAGCUCCUCGAGGUGACAAUAAAUAAUAAAAUAUUGUAUGUAUAGUUUCCGAAAGUAUACAUUCUACGACGAUGGCAAUAACACAGUUCUAUAAUAAUAAUAACAAUAAUAAUAGUUGUAGUAGUGGUAGUAAUAAUAUUAUAGACGAGACUUUGUGUGAUGUUCGUAUAUUAUCCCCGGAAAAUAAAAACUUUCCGCUGAUGUAUUAUACCUUUUAGGCGCGCCUCCAUGGUGAGCAAAUAAUGGAAAAACUAUUCGUAAAAAGAAUUAGUUUUCCUUUAUAAAACGUAUUGUGUAUGUGUGUGUGUGUGUGUGUGAGUGCGCGCGCGCUAGGAAAAAUGUACGGCCGCGGCUGCUCUUUCCAGAGUCGUAAAUUCAAAAGUAUACGGGGAAAAUAUUACGCGCAGUUCUUCCCGGAAAUUUCGGCAGCUACUGUUACUGUAAUUUUUCAUAUGACGCGCGACGUGUAAUUCGAUUAUGAACACUACGCGUUUCAGUGCUCUUCGUGUACGCGAUAUGGUCGUCAUGAAGUGUGUGACUAUAUAUUAUAAAUACCGACGUUUCAGUUGCAUACGAUUCCGGAGCGCGAACAUAUUAUAACAGAGGAAAACUGGGGGGGGGAAAGACUCUUCUAAUACCGCUAAUGGAUGUGCCAAGGUAAGAAGUUGAGAAGAUGUGAUACGUAGCUAGGGUUAGGUUCUGCAGAACGAGGCUUGGUUAAACGUGUCUGAAAAUUCCGUGAUUUUUGCGAUUUUUAAAAUCGAAAGAAUUUUUACUUGAAUAAGCAUAAAAAAAAAAAAACAAAAUUAUUACAUUACGCUAAAUAAUAUUUCCGUAAACCUUACAGUUUUUUCGUUUGUUUAUUCCCGGAAAAAAAAACCGUAAAGUCAAAAUGUGACAUUUUCAUGAAAAAACUGCGAGAAUAUUGAUAAAUUUUAGUUUGUAUGAAUGCAAAAAAAAAUAUGUAUACAGCUUACGUUUAGUAUACUGCUGCAGGUGGGUAGUUGGAAAGAUGUGAUUUACAAAGCAGUUUAGUUGUUACACUGUAUGUAACGAUAAAUCAUUGCGAACGAAAAAACGAUUAUAAACGGAGUAGCAUAAUGGUAAUUUUUCUCCGUCGUUACCAAGGCAACCGAGAAAUUAACGAAAAAAGAACCGCUGGGGUAAAUUGCUUAUAAUUUCGGUAGAUUUUCAAAUAGAGUUCAGGUAGAAAAUAUGCACGGGUAUAUUCUGAAGUACAUUGGGUAUGAAAAUUAGAGCAUUUUUACUACUUCACAAAAAAAAAAAAAAUGUUUUAUGAGAAAAAAAUAUUUUUUUUUUAAAAAAACCAACUGUUUCUUCGUAUUGCUUAGAAUCUAAAAACUGGGUAGAAAAAGGGUAAAUUGUUUAAAAUGUCACUUUCCGUUUGCUUCUUUUUCGAAUCCCGAUGACGUGAGUAUAAUAUAUUUCGUUUUAUUAAUAUGUAGAGAUAAUACUCGUAGUCGGUCGCGUUUGGCUCCCAGCCUGUUAAUUUUCGGACACGCAGACGCCACUACUGCAAGCAGAAGAGCCUCCCUAUUCCCGGUCCCGCCCCUCCACACAGCGAGAGUUCAACAACUCCGGGAACAUUUUCCAAAGAGCACGUCGGCUCUUAUCGCUUCGAGAUGGCCGCCGUCUGAUAACGACCAAGUAUUAUUAGCGACGCGCUGCAGCCCGGCGCGGUUAACGGUAUUUGGUUACUACCAGCAAUGCACAGCAGAUGCCGACGCAAACCGAGACAGACUCGCGCGAGUCGUUCGUAGUGAAAUAAGUACUACAAGAUUUUAUACUAUACGCUGUAUCUGCAUUAGGGGUCAAAUCACAAACAGUGUACCGGUUCAUCAGCCAGUGGCGUAGAACAUUUAACUUUGUCUAAGACCCAACAAUAAUUAAUAAUUCGCUGAUCACCGUUAAUAAAUAAAUAACUAUUGUAGUAAAUUCACAGUUCUAUGGUUUAGUAGUUUUUCACAUCAACAUCUACCCUCCUCCCAAAUUUCGUUGAGCGUAGGCCUAGAAAAUCAGGCUUCACCGCGCCAGCUUAACGUCUAAAAUUAGUUCCGAACUUUCCGCCGUCGAACAGGAAUAAUCGCCGAAACCGUCA